UGUUUGUGAAACAUUGUAUCUUAAAUUAACAAGAAAUGGCAACCACAGCUUCAACAGUUUGGCCGACUGAACAGGUACCACUGCAGCAGCAGCAACAACAACCUCAACAAUCAGUGCCAUACCCUGAAGCAGUGCCAAACAACGCUUGGCAUUCUUCAGGGUCCAUAGGGCCAUUUUUUGCUGUGAUCUCUGUGUUAUUCGUUCUCGCUAUUCUUUCCUGUAUCGUGGGAAGGUAUUGUAUUAAACGGAAGCCUGCAACGCCGUUGGAUAGCAUUAAAAAGAGAGAUUGCGGAUUUGGGUGGCUGAGGAGAAAAUUAUGCUGGCAGUCUACGAGUUAUUGUGAUCGUAGCAAUGAGGGUAAGGUGCAAGAUGUUGUUUGAUGCAUUAACAGGCUUUUGAGGCUGGCAGCCCGGCACUGGUUUGCUGUAAAAUGGGUUACCAUAUUAAUAUGGUUAUUUGUGUAAAGCUCGAUCAUUGUAACAUAUAUGUGCUAGUUUAGAAACAAGAGUCAUUUUGUAAGUUUACUUGAUAUUCAGGUGAUCUUUAAAUUA